AAAUCCCUCGGCGCUGCUUAACCAUCCCUCGUCGGGCCGCCAGUUGCCAUGGCAUCCUUCCGGCCAAAACACCAGAAUUGCCAUGACGACGCACCUGUAUCGCCGUCAGCUGGUGUGUGUCCACCACCGGCGGCAGGUAAAUAAACAAGCCAUUUCGAUAUUCGUAUCCAAAACGGCCGGAAGAAGUGUGAAAAUUAACCGUACGAAAAGCUGGCUCGAGAUGGCGGCCUAGAUGGGUUUGCUGUGCGCCACGUUGCGCCCCUGCUGCUGCUGCUGCUCCUCCUGUUUCCCUUGCAUUUCCUCGCAGGCACCGCCCGAGGCGGAGGAGUUCCAGGUCCUAAUCCUAGGACCGACGGCCAGUGGCAAGACGGAACUGGGCCAUCACCUUGGUGGAUUGCAGCGCCUGGAAGACGACCAUGAGGCCACGAAUGGCGUGCGUUGCUACACCGCUAAUAUUACUUUAGAGGAUUGUCCAGCUAUUAAGCUGCAGCUUACCGAAGUCGGUGGCAGUCCAGACAUGCAGCGGCUCUGGCGUCACUAUUACGCCUCCUCACACGCCCUCAUCUACUGCUUCGAUCUGUCGACGGAUCCGGAGAAGCUGCAGGACACCUUCAAUCUGCUGGCAGCAAGUCUCGAAGGCACACAGCUAGCUGGGAAGCCGGUGCUCCUUGCGGCAUCGCGACACCGCGAUGGUGUGCAACUGUACGACGUGGAGUACGCAUUCGGGUUGGAGCACCUCGCGAGCUCCUGCAAUUGUCCGCUGAUCCUCUGCCACAUGGACGAUGCGGCGGAUCUGCAGCGCGGCAUCCGGUGGCUGUGUCGCCAAUUGGUGGCCAAGAAGACGCAGUUGGAGCGCAGAAUUCGCUACGAUAUCAAUAUGCAGGUUUGGCAGCGCCGUAAACGAUCGUUACUUUCGAAUGGAAAAUUAGCUCAAGUGCAUAGGCAGCGCUUUCGGAGGCAGCACAGAAAGCUUUGGCCUGCAGUCCAGGGAUUCGGUGAAACGACAGCUCGUCCAAAUACAGCACCGCCAACGAUUUUCUUUGUUCGAUCCCCCCAGGUGGAAAAUCCCAAGGAUAAUUAAUGAAAAACGUGAUCCAGGAAGUGCGCAUUUAAAGUGCCAAAACAAUAAUUGCUUUUA